CUUCUCUUCUGGAUAGGUCUUGUAUUCAACACUCCUGUAGUGCUCAAACAGAAAGAUUUUGAAAAAAUUUCAGAAAAUAUCGGCUAUUGCAUUAUCGUAUUCGUUUUGGGUAUAAAAGUGCUUAUUUGCCAAACGGAUAAUGUACAAAAUUUGGUUAAGCAAUGUGAAAUCAAUGAACGUUUAAUGUACCGUGAUGAACCAAAGGAAGUACAUAAGGUUUUUGAAACUGAUAUAAGGGUUUUAAAUAAAUUAUUAAAGGUAAUAACAAUAGCAUCAAUAUGCACGUGUGCAUCACUAUGUAUUAGCACCUAUUUAGAGUAUUUGAGCUAUAAGCGUUCAAAUUCUACUGGCGACAAGCCUCUAGUAUUACCUUUAUGGUAUCCGUUUAAUACGGAUAAAUAUUAUAAAACGGCAUUUUAUAUUGGAGUUCAUGUUUGUGUUGUUGGCACCGGCUGCUACUUGCUGAUCCAAGUUUUAUUCCUCACAUUAGUGACACAUGCAAUUAUUCAACUGAAAACCAUUCAGGUAUUAGGUAGAGGUCUAACAAAAUUUGCUAAGAGCUAUAUUCGCGAUAAAUUUAAUGAUGAGGUAGUUACCAGGGCUACAUUACGUGAUUUAUGUUUUAAACAUCAAUCUGUUAUCAGUUUCGUCGAUGAUUUUAAUCUUGCCAUGAAAAAUAUUUUACUAAUAGAAUUUCUUCUUAAUGCGAUUAACAUUGCUGCCUCUUGUAUACGCCUUUUAAUGAUGCAAAAUUCCAUUUCGAUGAAAAUAUUCUUGACCAUUUUAUGUUUCAUACAAAUAUUUCAGUUAUUUUUAUUGGCUUGGCAUGCCAAUGAAUUGCAAAUACAGAGCGUCAUGCUAUCAGAUGCGUUAUUUGAGAGCGAGUGGUAUGAAAAAUCAAGCAGUGCUAAAAAAACAAUAGCCAUAAUAAUGAUGAGAUCUCGGAAACCAUUAAAAUUAUUCGUUGGGCCGUUCUUUCCUAUGACAAUUGAUACCGCCAUUGCUACCAUGAAAGCUGCUUACUCGUAUGUGACCCUCAUGGUAACUAUGACUGACAAUGAAGGAUUUUAACACAAAUUCUUUCUACAGAUGCUUUUUUAGAGCUUUUUAAAAAAAACUAGUAUUAAAUUAGAA